AUGGAUGAUGAUAAUAUUCAAUUACCAAGCACUUCUGGUAUAAUACCACCAUCUUUAAGGAAUGAACAAUCAUCACCUUCAGUAAGACAAUCUUCAAUUCGUGAACGAUCAUGGUCAAGGCAAUCCUCAAGCCGUGGAAGAACUCCAACCCGGUCCUCUUCCUCAGCACUUCGACGGGUUGCUUCUGCAAAUAUAGAAGUUCAACAGGCUCAACUUGAUAUUGAAAAGGAAAAAGUUGAGAUUGAAAGAGAAAGAUUGAAGCUUGAACAAGAACGGGUAAAGCUUGCAAGAGAACAGGCUGAGGUUCGACAACUUGAAUUGCAGAAUUUAGAACGGGAGAGAGAAUUAUACAAAAAAUAG